CCAUAGAAUGAUUCUCAGACUUUAAUUAACUGUAACCGUUCCUCAGAACAAAUACCCAAACCGUAUGCGUGUAACCCACGCGCCACCCACCAAUAUCUCUCUUUGUCUCGAGCAUCCGCUUCUCUCCUGUCAUCCAACCGCUCUCCUUCCCUAAUAUUGCUUGCUCUUUCUCCGCCGUCGUCUCUCAAUCUCAAAUCCAGGCUUAGGGUUUCAUCACCGAAAUCGAUAAGAGAUUUGGCCCUCUGAUUUGAAUUCCGACUCAUGUGAUUGCUGUUUACAAACACGAACAAAAAUGAUUGAUAGGAAGAGGAAAGAGUUCAUCAGUGAAGAAGACAUGGCCACUCUUUUGCAAAGAUAUGACACCAUGACGAUACUGAAGUUGCUACAAGAGAUGGCCUAUUACGCUGAACCCAAGAUGGACUGGAAUGAGAUGCUGAAGAAGACUAGUACUGGAAUCACCAAUGCUAGAGAUUAUCAGUUGCUAUGGCGGCAUCUUGCUUAUCGAGACUCUCUUCUCCCCGUGGACGACAAUGCUCUACCUUUGGAUGAUGAUAGUGACAUGGAGUGCGAGUUGGAAACUUCCCCUGCAGUCAAUGUUGAUGUAGUGUCCGAAGCUGUUGCGCAUGUGAAAGUGAUUGCUUCUUCCUUUGUGCCAAGUGAUUUAGACAUUCCUGAAGACUCAACUUUUGAGGCUCCCUUGACCAUAAAUAUACCUUAUGGGCACAGGGGGCCUCAGGAACCAUCAGACUCGUAUUGGUCGUCUAAAGGGAUGAAUAUCACCUUUCCUAUUUCCCUUCAGAAAGCAGCUGAGGGACAUAAUGGAAAUGGGCUAGCCAGUAGCGUGGCUGCUCGUAAGAAAAGGAAAAAAUGGUCAGCUGAGGAGGAUGAGGAGCUGAUCGCUGCUGUGAAACGACAUGGUGAAGGAAGCUGGGUGACUAUUUCUAAGGAAGAAUUUGAAGGAGAGAGAACAGUCUCACAACUCUCGCAGCGGUGGGGAUUUUUAAGGAAAAGGGGUGAUACUUCAAACUCUUCUACCCAAUCUGGCCUACACAGAACAGAAGAACAAAUGGCAGCUAAUCGUGCAUUAUCUUUGGCAGUGGGAAAUCGAGUUCCCUCAAAAAAGGCUGCAGUAGGCAUACCUCCAGUGCGUACAUCAGGUACCAUCACGGGAGCACAAGCCAAUGGUGCCAACAAUGGUAAUUCAUUGCAAGGUCAACAACAGUCUCAGCCAGUAGUUCAAGCAACCCCCCGGGUAGCAACAUCGAUUCCAACUACAAAAUCUCGAGUACCUGCAAAGAAAACAACAGCAAAUUCCACUUCGAGAUCAGCACUAAUGGUAACAGCUAAUUCAGUAGCUGCGGCAGCCUGUAUGUCUGGCCUGGCAACUACUGCAUCAGUGCCAAAGGUUGAGCCCGUAAUAAAGGCUUCCCCUGCCGCAGCUUCUUUCCCUCGCCCAUCAGCUAUAUCAUCAGCACUGAAUGCUGAACCCGUAAAGAAUGCUUCCCCUUCUGCAACGUCUUUUCCUCGUCCAUCUGGUAUAUCAUCAGCACUGAAUGCUGAGCGUGUAAAAGCCGCUUCUGCAGCCUCUUUCCCUCGUCCAUCAGGUAUAUCAUCAGCACCGAAUGUUGUGCCUGUCAAAACCGCUUCAGCAGCCAUUUUGCCUCGUCCAUUAGGCGUUAUAUCAGCAUCAAAGGCUGAGCCUUUUAAAACCGCUCCGGUAGCCUUUUUGCCGCGUCCGUCAGGUACUAUAUCAGCACCAAAUGCUGAGGCUGUAAAAGCCGCUUCUGCGGUGUCUUUGCCUGGUCCGUCAAGUAUUAUAUCAGCAUCGAAGGCUGAGCCAGUAAAGAGUGUUGCUGCCGCCGGACCUUCGAAUGUAAGGAAUGCAGUUACAGGAAGCCCAAGACACGUGCUAUCUUCUUCACCUAUGGCUCCUUUCUCCAAAGGGCCUACAAUCCAGAAUAAUCCAUCUCCUGGUUUUGCGUCGUCAAGAUUGGCCCCUACACAGAGAGUUCCUGCGGCUAAUGUAAUUCCACAAAAGCCAAAUGCGGGAGCGGGAGUUACUGCUACUUGCAAGCCUGUUGGUGUGCAGACACAGGGAAACAGAGCAAACCCCAUGGUUACACCAACACUUCAAUCAAAUAAAGCCAUCUCAACGAACUCAGUGAUUACCACAGCAAAACCGGUGGCUGCAAAGGUGGAGACUCCUAGUCUUUUGCCUAAGCAUACCCAAGUACCUCAGACUGAAGUUGGUAGUGGUACCGAGAAAAGUUAGUUGGCUAGACCAUCUGAAAAAGAGAGUAGUACCACGGUUUCACCGCUUGUGGUGGCUGAGGCUGAAUCAAAAUCCAAGGGUGAAGAAAGUGAAGGGAAAAGUCCGGAUGUUGCAACCGUUACAGGGACCGAGAAGAAGGGGUCGUAGUUUAUAUUUCGUGCAUUGUUUUAGUGCUUUUAUUCUUGUGUUUUCUUAGGACCGGAGUACGAUAAUGUACAGUAGUAAUACUCACUACUUAGUCCAAAGAGAUUUUUGAGGUCUAGUAGAAAACAGUAAAGCAGAAAGAAGAUACAGUUUGAUUUAAAGCAA